AUGGAGGUGACCAUGGAGGACGUGGGCGGGGACUUCGAGUUCUCCGGCUGCGGCUCCACGACCACCUCCUCCACCUCCUCCCUCGACGAUGGCACGGGGACGUACGCGUGGGGGUGGGGUGAGAUGUCCCCGGUCGCCGACUGGGGGAACUUCUGCUCCGACGACGUUGGCCAGGACCUGCACGGCCUCAUCGAGUCCAUGCUUUGUGACGAUACGCUCGUCGGCGUGGCCGGCGACGACGACGACCAUGCCGGUCUCCACCACCCGGGUGUGUUCUAUGACGAGCCCUACUGCUGCAGCAAUGGCUCCAACCCGAGCAGCACCACCACCACGAACCCUGGCACGCCGGUGCUCGAUGACCCGCCGAAGGAGUGCCCCGAGAAGGGUCUCCGGCUGCUCCACCUGCUCAUGGCGACCGCCGAGGCGCUCUCCGGCCCGCACAAGAGCCGGGAGCUGGCACGGGUGAUAUUGGUUCGGCUCAAGGAGAUGGUCUCACAAACCGGCGCCAACGUCGCCGCGUCCAACAUGGAGCGCCUAGCCGCGCACUUCACCGACGCGCUCCGGGGGCUCCUCGACGGCUCCCACCCCGUCGGAGGGGCCGGCAGGCAGGCGGCGGCCGCCGCCGCCGCCGCGGCGGCGUCGCACCACCACACCGGCGACGUGCUGACGGCGUUCCAGAUGCUGCAGGACAUGUCGCCGUACAUGAAGUUCGGCCACUUCACGGCGAACCAGGCGAUCCUCGAGGCGGUGGCGGGCGACCGGCGCGUGCACAUUGUUGACUACGACAUCGCCGAGGGCAUCCAGUGGGCAUCUCUGAUGCAGGCGAUGACUUCCCGCCCAGAUGGCGUGCCGGCGCCGCACCUACGCAUCACCGCCAUCUCCCGCAGCGGAGGGGGCGGCGCCCGGGCCGUCCAAGAGGCCGGACGGCGCCUCUCAGCCUUCGCGGUGUCCAUCGGGCAGCCCUUCUCCUUCGGGCAAUGCCGUCUGGACUCCGACGAGAGAUUCCGGCCUACGACGGUCCGUAUGGUCAAGGGGGAGACGCUCGUCGCCAACUGCGUCCUCCACCAGGCCGCGGCCACGACCACCAUCAGACGCCCCACCGGCUCGGUGGCGUCUUUCCUGUCCGGCAUGGCCGCGCUCGGGGCCAGGCUGGUCACGGUGGUCGAGGAGGAAGGCGAAGCGGAGAAGGACGGCGACAGCGACGCCGCUGGCGGCUUCGUGCGGCGGUUCAUGGAGGAGCUGCACCGGUACUCCGCGGUGUGGGACUCCCUCGAGGCCGGGUUCCCGACACAGAGCCGGGUCCGCGGCCUCGUGGAGCGGGUCAUCCUCGGCCCGAACAUCGCCGGCGCCGUGAGCCGCGCGUACCGCGGGGUGGACGGCGGCGAGGGGAGAUGCGGGUGGGGGGAGUGGAUGCGCGGGAACGGGUUCGCGGCCGUGCCACUCAGCUGCUUCAACCACAGCCAGGCGAGGUUGCUGCUCGGUCUGUUCAACGACGGGUACACGGUGGAGGAGACGGGGCCCAACAAGAUUGUGCUCGGGUGGAAGGCCCGGCGGCUGAUGUCGGCGUCCGUCUGGGCGCCGCCGCCGCUGCCGGUGCCGUCGUCGCCGCCGGAGGCGGUGUGCCAGCCCGUCGCCGGGAUAGCGCCGGCCACCGGUGGCUUCGCUCGGACGGAGUUUGACUAUAUUGAUUCGUUCCUUGUCGAGCCAGCUUACGCGCUAGUUUGA